AUGUAUCUAACUUUCAAACUUAAGCAUGCAAAUACGAUUAAUUGUGUAAAAAACCUGAUUGUCGCUUCAAACACUCUACUUUUAAUGGAAAAAGUCCUUCAUUCUAAGGAUUAUAAAAUCAGUUUCAAUAAAGACCUCAAUCAGGAAAUCACAGAAGAUAUAAUAAAACAUCAUAGAGUAACUGUAGUGGGAUGCCGAGAGUUCGGAGUUUCAAUAAAUGUCAAAUAACUUUAGAUUAACACAUAGGAUUAGCUUGAACAAUAAUUUAGCAAUAUGGCCAUCACUAAUAAUUCAGGAGGGUACUAAUGGUAUUAUAAAGUUUAUCAGAAUGAUGCAAAUUAUGUUAAUAGGCAUGAUAAAGUAAAUGAUUGGUUCCAACUUGAUGAUGAUCAAAAUGAAUAGAUUGAAUAUCACUACUAAGAUUGUUGCAAAAAGAAUACUUUUGGCACUAUGAAACCCAUUGUUGGAGAUCAAAAUAGAAUUAAAAAUGGAUUUGAAACCCAAUUCAAUUUUUCAAAUCAUAAAUCUAUUUAGCUGCAAUCUCUUUCAAUUAACUUAAGAGAAAAUAAAGUUCAAAAACUUCAUUGGUUGGAUUCAGAUAUCAUGUGUUUGGUAGUAGUCGAGAUACAUCUACAUGGUAUGAAUAAAAUAUCGAUUUAGGAACAAAAAGACAACUUCAUCGAAGAGUUACUGCUUAAAAUUAAAGUGUUUCAAAUGUAGCGAGCCCAUAAAUUGUUUAGUAGAGCAACCAAAUUUAAACUAUUAAAAAAAUAUACUAAGUUACUGAACCCCUAGAAUCAUGGUGCCACUAUAGUAUUAAAGCAUUACCCAAACUGUAUUAGCAAUAGAGUAUUGAUGAAAGAAUUAGAAUAUAUAGCUACCAAUUUAUUCAACACUUAGUUUGAGGUGAAUGCAAAUCUCAUAAAAAUUAAAGGCCAAAGAUAUUAUGAAGCGAAAUAAAGAAUUGAAAAAAUCCUUGAAUUUGCAGAAAAGUAUAAUGUUCCACCAACAUGGGAAAAUUUCUCUUAAAUGAAAGACACAAAUAAUCUAAUCGUAUAAUCAGUUAAUAGAAAUUCACAAGAAUGGAGAAAUAUUGAAUAAUAGUUCAAAUAAACGAUGCAAGCGUACACUGUUUAAGACAUUUAGAGAAUUUAAAAUAAGAGACUCUGGAGAGUAUUCACUGUUGAAAAUCAAGAUGUAGCUGAAAGAAAUGGCCAAAAUACGGCUGCUACUCUUAUGCUCUAUCAUGGUUCAGGUAAAACUGAUCCAAAAUUAAUUUAUGAUGGUGAAGAGGGCUUUGACAUGCGAUUUUCAAAUACUGGAAUGUGGGGUUAAGCAUGCUACUUUGCUUAAAAUGCUUCAUAUAGUGAUAAUGGCUAUAGAUAUGAAGCUCCUAAUCAAACAUUCCAAAUGUUCUUUGCUAGAGUUACAGUUGGAUAGUUUGCAACACUUGGACCAGAUACGACGCUUAAGAUGCCACCUCUUCUGCCUCAAACUUAAUCAAAACGGUAUGAUAGUGUUUAGGGAAACACUCGUGGAUCAAAUGUUUACAUGAUAUAUGCAAAUAAAAAGGCCUACCCAGAAUAUCUAAUAACAUACAAAAAUACUAGUUGA